AUGCCUCGGGCCAUGAUUCGGGAGCCCUCCUCUUGGACUACCCCCUCUUGGACGCCCCACUUCUUGGACUCCCUCGACUUCGUGGCGAUGGACUCCGCGGCCGUGGUCGGGCUCGUGAACGCGAUGCUGCCCGAGGUGGGGCCCCUGCCGCAGGCGGCCCGGGGCGUCGGCCUGCAGAUCGGCCCGGAGGCUUUCGCGCUGGAGGAGGGCCUGGCGCGGCUCGUGCCCGUGGGCGCGGCGCGGUCGGCGCAGGUCGCGUGCACCGUGGUGUUCAAGUCGGCCGCGGAGUGCCACGCCAUGAUCCGCGGGGAGCUCUCGCCCGCCGCGGCCGCGGCGCGCGGCGCCGUGGCCGUGCGGGGCGACGUCGCCGUGCUGCUCGGGUUGCGGCCCUUCCUCAAGAGCGCGGCUGGGCGGCUCGCGGCCGCGGGCGGCGGCCCCGCGUGGCUGCCCGACGCCGCCGCCGCCGCCUGCAUGGCGUGCGGCGCCGCCUUCGGCAUGCUGCGGCGGCGGCACCACUGCCGGGGGCGGCCCGGCGGCGGCGCCUGCUGCGCUGCCGGCUCCCCGCCGCCAGGGCAGCGGCAGUGCGGUGCGUGCUGGGUGGCCGUACCUGGGGCCCCGGCCGGCCCCUCGCCGCAGGCCGUCGCGGAGGGUGGCGAAGGGGCCGCCCUGGCGGAGAGGGUCGGCCAGCUGGAGCGCCGCCUCGAGGAGGUCGAGGUGGCGUCGGCGAGGAAGGACGCGGAUGCGUACCGGGCGAGCUGCGCCCUCAUGCUGACGACGGUGUCACUGCUUGUGCUUUCCGCCCUUGCUGCCAGGUGUGGCCCGCCGGCAGCCACGGCCGUGGCGCUCGCCUGGGCGUUGAGCUGUCACUGGGCGUGGCUGCCCUGGCGCGGCGGCAAGGCGCUCUGGAUCACCCUCCUCGUCCUCUGGAAGCAGAGGCAGAGCAAGCGGGAGGCCGCGCACCUCUGCGGCGAGGACGCCGAGAAGCUGCUGCGCUGGCGUUACCGCAUGAUGGCGCACCUGGCGGCGUGCGGCAUGCGUGAGCUCGGCGGGGUGUGGCCCAAGGUCGGCCAGUACCUGAGCACGAUGGGCGAUCGGAUGCCCGACGAGGUCAUCUCGGAGCUGUCGAAGCUGCGCGACGCCAUGCCGGUCGCUCCUUUCGACGAGGCCGCGAAGACCAUCCGGGAGGAUCUCGGCAGGGAUGCUCUUGAUAUCUUCCAGGCGUUCGAUGAACUGCCCAUCGCGAGCGCUUCCAUCGCUCAGGUGCACAGGGCCGUCUUGAAGGAUGGCCGUCCCGUCGCAGUUAAGGUGCAGCACCGACAUGCCGCGAGUCGCAUUCCCAAAGAUUUGUUCUGCAUGCGAGUAAUCGCACAUGUCGUCUGGAUUCUGACCUGGGGAGACGUAGACGCGAUGCCCAUCGUAAAUGAGUGGUUGGGCGCAGUGAUCGAAGAGUUGGACUUCUGCAAGGAGGCCAGCAGCACGAUCAAAGCUCGCACCACGUUGAUGGCUGCAUCGGUGAAGGUGGUCAUUCCAGAAGUCUAUUCGAUGUUCUGUUCUAGGCGUGUGAUGGUGAUGGAGUUUGUGGAGGGCGUGCAGGUCUGUGCUGGCGACUCUGAACUGACGCCAGAGGAGAAGGUGUCCGUCAUGGACGACCUCGUGCAGGCCUACGCCGUGGGAAUGUUCGUGACCGGCCAUUUCAAUGCAGACCCGCAUGCAGGCAACUUGCUGGUCACGCGGAGGGGCCCGGGCGCGGAGCCGCGCUGUGUGCUGCUCGACUGGGGACUCGCGAAGCAGCUUGCAGACGACCAGAGGAUCGCGCUGUGCGAGCUGAUGGUGGGGACCGGCAUGAAGGACACUUGCGGCAUAGUCCAGGCGUUCGCUGGGCUCGGCUUCAAGUGGUCGGCCACCGCCGGCGAUCCGGAGCCGCAGUUCCUGAUGGCGCUCCUCCGGCACAUCAGCCUCAUCGAGAACCGCUCGAGGUCGCUGGAGAUCCACAAGAAGCUGGAGGGCGCGCUGGAGAAGUCGCAGGAGACGGGAGAUCAGCUGAACAGGGCCAUCGACGGCUACACCGGCGAUUUCUUCUUCGUCAUGCGCGUGGCCACUCUGAUCAAGGGCCUGUGCGCGAUCCUCGACAUCCGCGCCCAGUUCCUGGACUUCACCGAUGCCUGGGAGGAGCGCCUGCGCGGCACCAUCGACGGGGCUAUCGCGGAGGGCAGCGCCGUCGGCGUUCAGGUGGCCGUGGUGGCGGCCGACGGCCGCGGCGUCGACCUCUCCGCGGCGGCCGCCAGCGUUUGGCCGAAGUGCCCGGCGAGGGCAGGGCUGACCGUCAGGCAGGCCCACGCGGCGGUGGCGGCCCCCUGGUGGCCGCCCGUCUGCCACGCGGCGGCCUGCGCCGCCCUGCUGAGCGCCGCGGGCGCGGGCACGCUCCAGGGGGCGGUGCGCGCCCUGCUCGCGGCGGGUGGCGCGGUGACGCCGCCCUGCCCCGCGGCGGCGUCGCCCGUGCGCAUCUCCAAGCCGGUCCUCAGCGUGGAGGGCGCCGAGGUGGAGGCUGGCCACGACGCCCUGCUCGCCUCCGUGGGGUCGGAGGCCCUGAGGUCGCUGCACCUCGCGGACCCCUGCAUCGCCAAUCACCCCGCGCUGCGGGCCUCCGCGGGCAUGCCCUGCGGCCUCGCGGCCCCGGCCGCGGCGCUCGCCGCGUCCUUGGCGCGGGCCUGCCGCGCGGGCCUCGUCGCCCCGGCGCUGCUGCGCGCGCAGGGCGAGCUCGGCUGCCUGCGGAAGGGCCCUCGAGGCGAGGUGGCCGUGGUCCUGUUGACUUGCGCCAGCGAGGAGCUGGCGGGUUCCCUGGCGGACGCGGCUCUGAGGGCGCCCUGA